AUGGUCGCCUUUAAGAAACUUAUUCAUACCCAUAUUCCUCAAUUGCUGGCUGGCGAAGCGAUCGUUGGAGAAUAUGUUCAACGAUCUGCAUCGCGCCAUGCAAAAGUCACAAUCCGCACUCUCGCAGCAACUCACUAUACUCUCUGCCACGCUGCUAUGUCUGGUGUUCACAAGCGUCUGUGGCAUACAGCAUUUUCAACGCGCCGGUCAUCGUCAUUUGAAUUUGUUCCAGAGCACGUAUUAUGUGGUUGUGACAUUCUCAACAGUCGGUUAUGGCGAUUUCGUGCCCGAUAUAUGGCCCUCACAGCUUUAUAUGGUGAUUAUGAUUUGCGUAGCACUUAUAGUGCUGCCGACGCAGUUCGAGCAAUUGGCCUUCACUUGGAUGGAGCGGCAGAAGUUGGGCGGCAGCUAUUCAUCGCAUCGCGCGCAAAGCGAAAAACACGUCGUCGUCUGCUCGACCACACUGCACGCGGACACAAUCAUGGACUUCCUCAACGAAUUUUAUGCGCACCCACUGCUACAGGACUACUAUGUGGUGCUGCUCAGUCCCAUGGAGUUGGACACCACGAUGCGCAUGAUAUUGCAGGUGCCGAUUUGGGCGCAACGGGUCAUUUAUAUUCAGGGUUCCUGUUUAAAGGAUGGUGAUUUGGCACGUGCGCGCAUGAAUGAGGCCGAGGCAUGUUUCAUACUCGCCGCUCGUAAUUACGCCGAUAAGACUGCAGCCGACGAGCACACGAUAUUGCGUUCGUGGGCGGUUAAGGAUUUUGCGCCGAGUGUGCCGCAAUAUGUGCAGAUAUUUCGCCCAGAGCACAAGCUUCAUGUGAAAUUUGCGGAGCACGUCGUCUGCGAGGACGAAUUCAAAUACGCGCUGUUAGCCAAUAACUGCACUUGCCCCGGCGCGAGUACGCUGGUCACAUUGCUGUUGCACACGUCACGAGGACAGGAAGGUCAACAGUCACCGGAGGAAUGGCAUCGCCUCUACGGCAAAUGUUCCGGCAAUGAGAUCUAUCACAUUGUGCUCGGCGACAGUCGCUUCUUCGGCGAGUACGAGGGCAAAAGCUUCACUUAUGCCAGCUUUCAUUCACAUCGAAAAUAUGGCGUUGCAUUGGUGGGUGUACGUCCAGCUGAGCUGCCGGAAUUCUACGAGGACACCAUACUGCUGAAUCCGGGGCCGCGGCACAUCAUGAAGAAGGACGACACAUGCUAUUAUAUGAGCAUAACAAAGGAGGAGAAUUCGGCCUUUGUUGUCAAUCAAAAUCAGAAUCAAAAUUUGGAUACGCAAGCGACGACAAAGGACGGUGUUAGCACAACAACAAUAAACAACAACAAUACUACCAUCACCACGAAUAGCAUCAAUGUCCAUAUGAAUGUAACAACAACAACAACAAGCACACCGGCAACCACCAUUAGUACAACAACAACAUCAACAUCAUUGAAUCGCACAGCACCGGUGCCAUCGGUUUGUGUACGCGUGCCGCACAGUCCCAGCCUGGACUCGGGACGCGGCGGCGUCUUUGGCGGCGGUACACCUACCAUGACCGAAAGAUAUCCGCCAACAUAUAGUGAUAGUGACUUAACGACACUAUUCGUGCCAACUGAUAAUCUAACGUCUGUGAUAAUCUCCGAUUCGAAGCAGAAUCUCAAGGAUACAACGGUGACAUCGAUGAAUGCAACGCAAACACCCUCGGCCACGACAACAACCACCGUCACCACAACGAUACCGCCUAUGUUGGGUGGCGGUGGCAGCGGCGGCAACGGCUUAGGCUACAGCGGUGGCAGCAGUAGUGGUGGUGGCGGUGGCGGUCUGAGUGUUGCAACCGCCACAUUAACGACCAGCAAUCACUUGGAUGUGCCGCAAGCGGGGAAUCCAAAUUUGCUCAGCCCCGAUGUGCUCAAUCAGCGUAGAGGCAGUCGUCGCCCAUCCAUACUACCCGUACCGGACAUGUUCACCUCAUCAUCGUUCAGCAUAUCAGGCAACGACGACGGCGAAGAAGGCGAUGAGAGCGAAGAUGAAAUUGACGAUGAUGUACCGUGGCGAUCGCCGUCUGAGAAAAUCGCCAUCGUCAAGGGUUUCCCGCCCGUCUCGCCGUUCAUCGGUGUUAGUCCGACGCUUUGUUACUUGCUCAAGGAGAAAAAACCAUUGUGCUGUCUGCAGCUGGCACAGGUGUGCGAGCACUGCAGCUAUCGCAAUGCCAAGGAGUAUCAAUGGCAAAACAAGACGAUUAUUCUGGCGGCGGAUUAUGCAUCGAAUGGCAUUUACAACUUUAUCAUACCGUUACGUGCGCACUUUCGUUCGAAAACGUCAUUAAAUCCGAUUAUAUUGUUGUUGGAGCGUCGACCGGAUGUGGCCUUUCUCGAUGCACUCUCCUACUUUCCGCUGGUCUAUUGGAUGCUCGGUUCCAUCGACUGCUUGGAUGAUCUGCUGCGCGCCGGCAUCACCUUAGCCGAGAGUGUGGUGGUGGUGAACAAGGAACUGUCCAACUCGGCGGAGGAGGACUCGCUGGCCGAUUGCAACACCAUCGUCGCCGUGCAGACAAUGUUCAAAUUCUUUCCGAGCAUCAAGAGCAUAACCGAACUGUCGCAGAGCUCCAACAUGCGUUUCAUGCAGUUUCGUGCGCACGACAAAUAUGCGCUGCACCUGAGUAAAAUGGAGAAGCGUGAAAAGGAGCGCGGAUCUCAUAUUUCCUACAUGUUUCGUCUGCCUUUCGCUGCCGGUGCCGUCUUCAGCGCCUCCAUGCUGGACACGCUGCUCUACCAGGCGUUCGUCAAGGACUAUGUGAUCACAUUUGUGCGUCUGCUGUUGGGCAUCGAUCAGGCGCCGGGCAGCGGUUUUCUGACAUCGAUGCGCAUCACAAAAGACGACAUGUGGAUACGCACCUAUGGUCGUUUGUAUCAGAAACUCUGCUCGACGACUUGCGAAAUACCGAUCGGCAUUUAUCGUACUCAGGACACAUCGAAUACGGAAGCGUCACAUGUGAGUAAUUCACCUGUAGAGAAGUGGGGACCGUUUUCCGCUUUUGGAAAGCACUGUGUGCGCUUGCGACCAUCGUACGACGAAGAAGCGGGUACACCCGAUUCGACGAAGGACAGCAGCGAAGUCCUUCGUGGCGUUACCUACCGACCACCAUCGGCCUCUGGUCAUCAUCAUCAAAGCCAUCCAUCACAACACAAGUCGACCACCUGUCUGGGUGGCUGUUCGGAACGGAAGGGUUCAUCAUCUUCUAUGUUUUUUCAGUACUCGAUAAAUUUGGCCGAUGAGGCGCGCAACAAUCAUGCGCAACAAAUCGAACGCGCCGAGAUCGCGAAUUUGGUGCGCAGUCGCAUGGAGUCGCUGAAUCUGCCAACAAUCGACUAUGACGACGUGAGCGAGAAGCGCAAUCAUCUAUCGUAUGUGAUAAUCAAUCCGAGCUGUGAUCUGAAGUUGGAGGAGGGCGAUGUCAUCUACUUGGUGCGUCCGUCGCCGUUUUCAGCGCAAAAGACCUUCGAACGUCACAAUUCACGCCGCAAAUCAAACAUAUCCUUCUGUUCGAACAUCAAUUUGGGUGCCGCAUGCGGUCCAACCGUUAGUGCCGCGGCCGGUGCGGGUUCGCGUCGUGGCUCCGGCAUAGCUGGAUUGAAUCCGAUGCAAAUGCAAAGCGUACAGACGUUGGCCGGGUAUGGUUCGCCACGCUGCUCGCCGCCCAUACAACAAAUUAAAUCCAAUUCUCUUUCUCUACCCGACAGUCCGACGGUUGUUGGCACACAGCGCGGCCGGAGCAAUUCAUUGCGGAUCGACAAUGAUAUUUUGCUACGGCGUUCCUCAUCAUUGCGGCAAGGCUUACCCAGUGUUGGUGUUAGUCAUGGCCGACGAAAAUCCUCGUUAGAGGAGAUCGGCAUUAGCCAUUUUACGACGCUAAUGCAAGCAACGAAUCACACGAAUCCCAUUAAAAUUGCACUCAACGGCAGUAUAGGACUGGAGUCCACACCUAACUCUUUGUACUUUCAAUAUCAGGUCACACCACCCGAAGAACCAACACCCAUACUAGGUGUACCCUGCAUAGUGGCCGGUGGUCCCGGCGGUGGUAUUAAUCCCUCGGCGUUAGGUGGUGCCACGCUUUGCGGCGGCUCAUCACUGGCCAUCAAUACUGCCGAUUUGGGCGCAUCACCCACAUCGAGUAACAACAAUUCACCGCUACAAGUGCCACAACAGGAUUCACAACAAUCCGGACCAAUGCAAUCACCGCAACAUUUACAAGGGACAAUUGUAUGAUACAACCUUAUGUGGGGUCGCAGACUCCGCUCGUCGAUAUCGAAGAAAAAUAAAUGGAUAUAAUAUAAGUAGAAAUCGGAGCGGUGCUAAGACGUCUAAACGUCAACACGACGUGACGAUCGCGAUGACGUCACAAUGCCACGAGUGUCGGCUAUCGUUACUGCAGCGGAGUCCAAAGCAAAAGACGAGUAGUUAGGCGAACACAGCUUACACACCGAAGCACGUACGUAGUUAACUGCAGCAGAGAUAGCAACAAAGUAGUUUCGCACAUCAUGUACAUAUGUAUAGAUUAUUAAUUGUAGCGUAAGUGGGAAAACGCUUAAUAUUGCCGAAUCGGACGUCAGGUGGUCGUAUGCAAAUGCGUUAAACGUGCAACGAUUUCAAAAUAUAUAGUAUAUGUAUGUAUAUCUAAUCACUUAGCUUAAGUUUCGUUUGUAGUGAUCAGCUGAUCAGCUGUAAAUAAUGUGACUCGUUCAAUUGUAGUACUAGGGUAAGCCUAAAGUUAUUUCAUUAUAAAUAUGUAUUACAUGCAUUGUGAAUGUACAAUAUUGAAUAUACAUAUAUUCUUG